UGUGCCAAAGGUCUGAUGGGCAGGUGUAACUUGACGUACAGAUGGACCUCAGUAAAUGCUUCUGUUCUCACAGUCACUGCUGACUCGGUUUUGUUCCUGCUUAUCUCUAGGAGAGCCUACACAGCAUCGCUGGGAGAGACCGCAGUGGCGUUUGACUUCGGCCCGCUGGUGCCCGUCCCAGUGAGCAUUCUUGGGCAGCGAGGCAGUGAAGAAGUGCUGGCUUUUCCACUUUACAUUUUAUAUGAAAAUGGAGAGACAUUCCUCACCUAUAUCAACCUGCUGCAGAGUGCUGGAAAUCUUGGCAAGCUGCUUGGCCCUUUGCCCAUGCACCCUGCUGCAGAAGACAAUUAUGGCUACGAUGCCUGUGCUGUCCUGUGCCUGCCUUGUAUUCCAAAUAUCCUGGUGAUUGCCACUGAAUCGGGCGUGCUUUAUCACUGUGUGGUGCUGGAUGCAGAAGAGGAUGAGGAGCAGGUAUGUCGUCUUGUUACUUAU